AUGUCCACACUUUUUGUUUUCUCUGUCUUUCUUCUCCUAAGUGUAGCCACACUGUGUGUUGGUUACGAUUAUUUCAUGUUAGCUGAAACAUGGCCAAAAAGCUAUUGCAAUUAUCAAAGUCAAACUGGAGGACGAUUAUGUUAUGGAACAGUGCCAAAGCAUUUCACCAUUCAUGGACUAUGGCCAGAAGAAUGGACCAGACAAAUACAUAAUUGCAACGCAACCAACACUCUUAAUCAAACACAUAUACAACCGGUGAGAAGACAACUCACUGCGUUUUGGCCAAAUUUAAAUGGCAAUGAUUUUAGUUUUUGGAAGUUUGAAUGGGACAAACAUGGAACAUGUUCAGAGAACUCGUUCGCACAACUUCCAUAUUUUCAGUUGGCAUUAAACAUCAAGGGUAGGAUUAACCUAUUGAAGAUGCUUUCACAGGAUCAAAUUGUCCCAGAUAACCGAAAAAGUUAUAAUACAACUUCUGUUAUUGACGCAAUUCGCAAAGGCACCAAUCAUGCACCUCAACUUGACUGUUAUGUCCAAAGAACAAACAAUGUCACUAUACUUGCUGAAGUUAGACUUUGUCUGGACGUUAAUGGAACUUCAUACAUAAACUGUCCUAAUCCUUCCGGUUCUUGUGCCACCACUGAUUUAUACUGGCCAAAGCCAUGA